AUGGCCGCAGGCCUUGCCAAGAUUGAUAUGAGCUCGCCCACCAAGGCGAAGCAGGCGCCGAAGCACCUCGUCAAGGAGGAGGACGAGGCGCAGACCGAGUCGCCCAGCGAUGACCUGUACGGCAAGUUUGUUGGUGAAGUGGACCUGCCGGAAGAAGAGGAGCCUCUUUUGAAGGAAGACCCUGGCCGUUUUGUGCUCUUCCCGAUUCGCUACCACGAGAUCUGGCAGAUGUACAAGAAGGCCGAGGCGUCGUUCUGGACCGCCGAGGAGAUUGACCUGUCGAACGACCUGAAUGACUGGGACAACCGCAUGACGGACGGUGAGCGUCACUUUGUGAGCCAUGUGCUGGCCUUUUUCGCUGCGUCGGAUGGUAUUGUGAACGAGAAUCUCGUGGAGCGCUUCAGCACCGAGGUCCAGGCGACCGAGGCUCGCUGCUUUUACGGUUUCCAGAUCAUGAUUGAGAACAUCCACUCGGAGACGUAUUCGCUCCUGAUUGACACGUACAUCCGCGAGCCCGAGCAGCGCGCCUUCCUGUUCAACGCCAUUGAGACGAUUCCUGUUGUGAAGAAGAAGGCCGAGUGGGCGCUUCGCUGGAUCUCGGACAAGCGUGCCUCGUUCUCGGAGCGCCUUGUGGCUUUUGCGGCCGUAGAGGGCAUCUUCUUCUCGGGCUCGUUCGCCUCGAUCUUCUGGCUCAAGAAGCGUGGUCUCAUGCCCGGUCUGUCGUUCUCGAACGAGCUUAUUUCGCGUGACGAGGGUCUGCACACCGACUUUGCGUGUCUGCUGUUCAGCCACCUGAAGAAGCGCUCGCACCCCGACACGGUGAACCGCAUUAUCACGGAGGCUGUGGCCAUUGAGCAGGACUUUUUGUCGGAUGCCCUGCCCGUCUCGCUCAUUGGUAUGAAUGCGCGCCUGAUGUGCCAGUACAUUGAAUUUGUGGCGGACCGCCUGCUGGUGGCGCUGGGCUGCCCGAAGCACUACCACUCGACGAACCCCUUUGACUUUAUGGAGAAUAUUUCGCUGCAAGGCAAGUCGAACUUUUUCGAGCGCCGCGUGGGCGACUAUGCCAAGGCCGGUGUGGCGCACGACGACGACUGCGCGAAUGCCCAGAGCAACCACACGUUCAGCCUCUCGGAAGACUUUUAA